UAUGCCACUAUUGUCAUAUUCCGCAAAAUAAGCUUUUUUUUCCUUUGGAGUUUUGAAGCUUCUUAUAGUUUCCUACUUAGAUAGACCCUCCUUUCAGAUAUUGUUAAAGAUUUCAUUUUUAGUUUAUGGGUUCUAGCUUGUGCCAGUUUUGGAGAUCUGGGUAUGCUGCAUUUUGGCCUUGACUUCAGCUUCUACAGUGUACUAGGCCAGUAACAAAUCUGGUUCAUGAAAUGCUGGAUGCUCCUUGAUUUCUCUUGUUGCUGCAAAAAAAGGUUUUGUUUCUGUGAGCUGGGUUUCUUUUUCCCAUUGUGAAUUUGCUUUUGCUUUUAGUAUUGUUAGGUUCUGUAGCCUACAAAGGUAUUAGCUUUGUUGAAAGUAGUUUGUGGGUAUUGACUUUUUGCUGUUUGCCAAGACUUUUUUGGGAAUUGGGUAUUGGUGGUGUGUGUUGUUUUCUCUGAAGAAAUUUGAGCAUUGCUUGUUGAAGAGUUGAUCUGAAAUCUGAGGUUCAUAUUUGAUCUGGAAUGUUGUGAUGACUAUUUUCCUGGUGAAAGAUUGGAAAUUUGAGUUUUUAACUGAUUUUGGAAAGUAGUGAUGGAAGUGUUUUACUAGUACAUUUUGUUCUUGAGGGAAGAUUUGUACAGUGAUGGCUUCAACAACCCCUUCUCCAAAUGCUUCCCCUUCUGCAGUGCCUCCAGCAUCUGCUGGUGUUUUAUCACCACCUCCUUCUUCAUCUUCCCCACCACCAUCACCUCCCAAUUCUUCUCAACCCAAUCAAACAUCCAAUUCCUCUGCUCCUCCUCCUUCUGACCCUUCAGCUCCUCCUCCUUCUCCUCCACAGGCAGUGCCUCUAACCCCUCCUCCUUCCCCAUCCCUCUCUCCUCCGCCAUCACCUACACUGCCGCCAACUAAGUCCCCUCCUUCACCACCAGAUUCUCCACCACCGUCAACACCUGCAUCUCCAACACCACCAGUUGCAACAUCACCCCCACCACUAGCUACCACUGCCCCUCCUCCUGCUGUGACUCCACCUUCCCCUCCAAAUUUGUCCCCACCACCUAAAGCAGCUGGUUCCCCUCCUCCUCAAUCCUCAGAGGCACCUCCAACAGCAAUUCCACCUCCCUCUCAACCGGUUUCGCCAUCUCCUCCUCCUCCAGCCAAUGUGCCACAGCCACCAUCCACCCCUUCUCCUCCUCCACCACAUGCAAAGCCUCCGAAAAGUGCUCCUUCACCUCCUUCACUUGCAUCCCCUCCAUCUGUUUCUGAAUCUCCUCCUUCUCCUACUUCUACUGAUGUUCCCCCUCCAUCCACAUUGCCUUCAACUCCUCCUCCAGUCCCUUCAGCUUCUUCACCUCCAGUUUCUUUGCCUGGCCCCCCAGCUAAUAAAACAGCUUCCGGGGGUCCAACUGUGUCCCUACCCUCUAUUCCAACUGAGAAACCCACUGCUAGACCAACUAAUGGUGGCACUGAUAAUAUAAUCACAAACACUACACCUUCACAUUCAGGAGGGUUAAAAACUGGAGGAGCUGCAGCGAUUGGCAUCAUAAUUGGUUUUAUUGUUCUCAGCCUUCUUGUUAUGGCCGUGUGGUUUGUACAGAAAAAGAAGAAGAAGAAGGAAACAGGACCGAAAGGUGGUUAUGCUGUACCUUCUCCAUUUGCCUCAUCUCAAAAUUCAGGUACUUUGUUCUUGAGGCCACAGUCUCCAGCCAACUUUUUAGGUAGUGGCUCAGGUAGUGAUUUUGUGUAUUCACCAUCCGAGCCAGGUGGGGUAAGUAGUUCAAGAUCAUGGUUCACAUAUGAAGAACUUAUCCAAGCUACAAAUGGGUUUUCGGCACAAAAUCUGUUGGGAGAAGGUGGAUUUGGUUGUGUCUACAAAGGUUUUCUCAUAGACGGAAGAGAAGUGGCUGUGAAACAGCUCAAAAUUGGUGGUGGGCAAGGGGAACGUGAAUUCAGGGCAGAGGUUGAGAUUAUUAGCCGUGUACAUCAUCGUCAUCUGGUUUCCUUGGUGGGCUACUGUAUAUCUGAGCAUCAAAGAUUGCUUGUCUACGACUAUGUUCCCAACAAUACUCUUCAUUACCAUCUCCAUGUUGAAAACAGACCAGUUCUGGAUUGGCCUACCAGAGUCAAGGUUGCUGCUGGUGCAGCUCGUGGAAUAGCUUACCUACAUGAAGACUGCCAUCCACGUAUUAUUCAUCGAGACAUUAAGUCAUCAAACAUCCUUCUUGAUCACAACUUUGAAGCUCAAGUUUCAGACUUUGGGCUUGCAAAAUUGGCAUUGGAUUCAAAUACGCACAUAACUACACGUGUAAUGGGAACCUUUGGGUACAUGGCACCAGAGUAUGCAACAAGUGGGAAAUUGACUGAAAAAUCUGAUGUAUAUUCCUUUGGGGUUGUUCUUUUGGAGCUAAUUACAGGUCGAAAGCCUGUAGAUGCCUCUCAGCCAAUUGGUGACGAGAGCCUGGUUGAAUGGGCUCGGCCUCUGUUGAGCGAAGCACUUGAUAAUGAGGACUUUGAUAUUUUGGUGGAUCCAAGGCUAGGAAAGAACUAUAAUAGAAAUGAAAUGUUUCGGAUGAUUGAAGCUGCUGCAGCCUGCGUGCGUCACUCUUCAAUAAAGAGGCCACGGAUGAGUCAGGUAGUGAGAGCCUUAGAUUCAUUAGAUGAAUUUUCAGAUCUGAAUAAUGGAAUGAAACCAGGGCAGAGUUCAGUGUUUGAUUCAGCACAGCAAUCUGCACAAAUCAGAAUGUUUAGGAGGAUGGCUUUUGGGAGCCAAGAUAGUUCCACUUACUUUAAUGAGUCUCACAGUAGCUGGAGAAGCAGAGAUCAUGACUCAACAACUUUCCUCACCCAAAAUAAAUCUGGGCCCUGGAACAUUUCACAUGACUAGGUUCUAUGGUGUACUCUGUAAAUCUCAUUUUUACUAUUCUUAUUUUAUUUUUUAUUUUUUUUCCCUUCCCAUUUUCUCGACAUGAUUUUGCUUGCUAUGGUGCUUUAUAUUCUUUGUAAUUUAGGUUAUUUGAUACGUAAC